AUGAAGUCCGUUAACAUCACCCUCGCCGUUGGUUUGGUGCUGUGCCUGUUUGCCAUCGAUGGUAUCGAGGCUCGAUCCGGUGCGGACCGUAAGAAGGACUACGAUUACGAGUACGAGUCGGGCGUUUCUAGCUCGGGCGGUGGAUACAGCGGUUCGGGCAGCAGCUACUCGCCCAAAUCGGGCUACAGUGCCGGCAGUGGGUUGCGUUCCAUUGCCCAGGGGUCGGCCGAUCAGGCCAACUCGGCCGUUGCGAAUCAGCAUGCCGCAGCCAAACAGGCUGCGUACGUUGCGCAGAACACGCUCGCCCAGGCAGCGUCGCAGGCAGCCGCCACCGCACAGGCCGCCCUCGCCGGCAAGCACGUGCUGCUGCAGGGUCUGGAGCAGCAAAGUCUCGAAGCCCACCAGGCGCUGGACGCGGAGAUCCAGCAGCUGCAGCAAGCGAAACGGUCCGCGAAGGCGGCCCAGCACGCAGCCCAACAGGCGCUGAACCACGUCCAGGUGCUGCAGUCCGCGCUGAACAAUGCGCAGGUGGCGGCCGAACAUGCGCAGCAGAGUGCGAGCGAAGCGGCAGCAGAGUUGGCCUCCCAGACGCAGAUGGUCGGCUCGGCCAAGCAGCGGGUGGAAGCGCUCGAGGAGCAGCUGAACUCGGCCCGCGUAGACUUUGAGGCCACGCAGGAGGCGGCCCACAAGGCGGCGGCUUCCGCCCAGGAAGCGCAGAACAAUGCGGCCGAAGCGGCGGCCCACGCAGCCAUCCCGCUCGUACACGUGGCCCAAACGAUCUCGGACGGGCACGGGCUGGGCAGCAGCCACACGCUGCAGGCGAAGAUCGGUAAGGUCGGCGGCAAGCAGCAUCAACCGCACCAUGCAUCGUCGGAGGAUGAGAUUAACAGUGGCGAAAUUGAGGUUGCGGCCAACCACAACUAUGGCGACUUUAAACCAUCGCAGCAGACGUUCAGCUUCGCUGGAUACUAA